CGUUAUUCUAUAUAUAGUAAUUUAUGGUUUUUUUAACCAACUUUUGGUAUUAAUCGUUCUCGUAAAAUGGAACCCUCAAAUCUCGAGUCACAACCCAACAUCAAAGAGACUUUUCCAGAAUAUUUUCCAAUUCUUGAAGUAGAUAACAAAUCCAGACUCAUUUUAAAGCAUUAUAAACCACGUCUUAGAUCUUUUUCUGCACCAGCUACUUCACAUGUUCAACAAGACGAUCGUGAAGACGUUCGGAAAGACGAUCAAGAAGAUUUUAUUAUACUUCACGAUCCCAAACUUACACCUGAAACAUUACAAAGAAGUAUAAGUCUUACCCGAAAUGGUGAUCAAUUACGAAAGUGUUCCAUGUCAGAUCCGCGUGGCCCUCUACGAAGUUAUGGUAAACGCGUCAAUGGAAAAAGACAACGGUAUUUAAAGUCAUUACAAAUCUUAAAGUAUGAGAGCGAUAACAACGCAAACAAACCAAAGGAAGCUUCAGUGUUUAUAUCUCAACUUGAUAAAUUCGUAACUGAGCGUCAACUUCAAAUACCAUUUGAGGAAUGUGGAAAUGUACUUUAUUGCAAAAUUGAAAAAAAUCAAAUUCACAAUAAUAGUCUUGGACUUGCUAGAUUAACUUUUUACGAAGAAAAUGAUGGCGAUGCAUUGAAUGCUGCUAGAGACUCAAUAUUUAAAUUUAAUGGAAAACAAUUAUUCAAUGGUCCACCCAUAAAACUAGAACUUGAUAAUGAUGGUUCGAAAUUAAAAGCGGCCGCUGAUGCAAUAAUUGCUGAAAACCAGCGUUCAUUAGAACCCUUCAUUAAUAAUAAAAUGCGUGAACCGUCACCGUUACCUAAUGACGAUGAUAUGGAAAUAGGCGACGCGCCAUCUCCACCUGCUGUAAUUGGUUCGGUUCCACUAGCGAAAACUUCAAGCGCAUCACAAUAUUCAGAAUCAGACAAGACCAAAAAGAAGUCUGUUCUUUCGAUUUCUCACUCUAGAGACUCUGAUAAUAGAUCACAUGCUUCGCCAGAAAAACAUGAUCAAAAGGUAGAAUCGGCUCCUAAAAAACCAAUCGAUGAUGAUAAAGAGGAAGGCGAAAUUGACUCAAAUUAUGAAGACGAAUCAUUAUUUGGACCUAUUAGUGGACAUUCAUCAUCUAGAGACAAAGGAAAAUGGUUCGAAAGGUAUCCUGUUGAUUCAAAUUCGCAACAUUUGGAUUAUAGUAUACUGACAGUUGUCCCUUCUAAGCGUUCAUAUGAUCAAUAUAUACCUGAUUAUAGUAAUGAUCGUAAUAGAAAUCAAGAAAGACGAAGGCGUAAUUCUUCCAGGGAGAGGUUUAUUAGAAACAAUCUUACUAUAGAGAGAAGUCGUAGUCGAAGUCGAGGCAGAAGUCCUAUUGGAAAUAGUAAUCAACAAAGAAGUCGUGAUCGUGAUUAUGGGCGCAGUCGUAACUAUGAUUCUGUUCGAAAUCGAGAUCGGGAUUCAGUUCAAAUUUACAAUCGUGAUAGUUCUCGUAGUCAUGAUCGUGAUAUUUCUCGAAUUCAUGAUCGUUCUACCAUUCGUGAUAACGACCGAUUCGUUUUUCGUAACAAUGAUCGUGAAGUGAUUCGUAGUGGUCGUGACAUUUUUAAAGAAGCUUAUUCUGAUGACAAAAAAUCGGAAGUUAGUGAUACACGUGAUUACUGGACAACAGAAAAAUUUGAUGGUACAAAGAAUUCUUCAGUUGAGAUUCCGUCAAGAGAUCACGCGAAAUACAGGAAAAAGUCUCAACUUAAUAAGGAUAGUUUAUCAAAAUCACAUCCUGUUAACGAACCAAAGAAUCGUAUCCAAAAUGACAUACCUAUGAAGUUUGAUAAUAAAGAUAAUGAGACAAUUGGCCAGAUCAAUUCCUUGUCGAUUAAACGACAAGAAUCUUCUCAUGUUUCGAGAUAUGAAAUUGGGUUAUCUGAAGACAAAAGUAAUUCAAAUUUAAAAAAACCGCUACAGAGAAUUAAUUCAUCAAGGGUUGAAUCUAUUGGUUACAGAAAACCAAAUAUAAGUGACUGGGAUUAUUCAUCUUCUGAUUCUUCAAAUGAGACUGAUAAAGAUCGGAAGAGGAUGAAGGCACAAGAUGCUAAAAGAAAACCACUUCCAAAGAAUAUCGUUUCAGCAUCAACGAAGGUUGAAGAUAAUAAAAAGGUUGAUAGUGAUGAAAAGAAGCGUAACCAAGCGUUGCAGCAAAAGAAACUUUCUCAAAAACAAAUAUCCAAACCAAAUACUCAGAAUGUUACUGAGAGCACCACAAAAUCUAAAAUUUUACGCAAAUCAAAGAAUGUUGAUGCAACAAUUUCUAAUAUUAAUAAAGAAGCUGAUAUUUCUCUACUUGAAUCCAUAAAAACAGUACGAAAACAAAAGAUUAUGCCUGUUUCUAAUAUAAAGACAAAUUUAGAAGCGGGUGGUUCUUCUGACGUAACAAAACAAAGACAGAAUCGCAAAUUGAAAGAAGGUGUCACGACUAAUGUAAAAAGUCAACAAAGUAAUGAUAAUAUUAGACGAAUUAUUAAUCGAUCUUCAAAUGAUGUGAUUAUUAGUUCCGAGACUAGUGACAGCGAUGGUCAAUCACCCUAUAAACCACACCUUUACGAUGAAUCUGCAAACGAUGAUGAUGAAUAUAUUGAUAGAGAUUAUCUUACAUCAGGUGAUGAAAUUACUGAUGCAUAUGAUUUGGAUAUGAUUCGACUUUAUCUCGAGUUGAAUGAAAAGGGCCUAAUUGGUAGCGAUGGUGAGCCUAUAGAAUGGUCUGAAAACGAAGUAGAGUUUACUAUACGAGUGGGUGGAUUAUGCACCAGAUGAUGGACCUCAUAAGACUGGUUGCGCCAGAACUGAAGGCUAUUAUAAAAUACCUCCAGAGGAAAAGCGCAAAUAUGUUGCAUAUGGCA